CUGUCAACAUCAAUAUGGCGGUUUAGCAAAACAAAUCGUGCGUGUGUGUGCAGGAAAAGUGAAAGAGUUUUAUGAAUUAAGGGAAAACUGCGUGUAAUAGCAUCUGUUCCGUCGCUGGAUGAAUCCAUUUCCGCUCCAAGGCGUCUGCUCAGCAAUUGGUGGCCGGCAGUGGUAAAGAUACCGAUCUUCCCAAACUUUCUCGCGUGCACCUACCAUCUCAAGUUCCACCACGUUGAAAAGAAGAAGAGGAAGAAGCGGCCAAUAUUACGUGAUAACACACACACCGUUUUGGUAGCGAGCGAGCGAGGAACGUUAAGGUCCAACUUGUACCGUGCGGGCGGCCACCGGAAUCGCUUCACACCGAACAGCCGCGGCACACGAAACAGGUCCCGAGAACACCCGGAAACCUGCAGAGUGUGGCUCCCCUUCCCACUGGAGCACUGAAGAAGAAACAUCACGAAGAUUCCUGCGGCAGCAAGGCGAACAAAAGGAAGGAAAGCGAGCCAGCGGCGAAUCGGCACCAGUAUUUUACAUCGCUACAUCCCUGCAAGUAUUGGGCCCACUGAACGGAGCGAGCCAAGUAGUAGUAGUAGUAGUACGUCGUAUGCUGCGUAGCAGAGCAAUUGAUCACUGACGUACCGAAUUGAACCACCGAACGUUCCUAAAGAUCACAAUCAGCCCGUUUGUUUUCAAAAUUAAAAGCCCGUAGAGAACGGUACCGUGUUCGGCGUUCUCUUCACGGUGGGAAGGUGGACAAAAACUGUCCUUUUGCUGUGCAUCUUGCUGCCUGCCUACCGGUUUGGAUGGUACAACCGUCGCUGUGCUGUUUGUGCGCGGAAAAGUCUAUCUAAGACGAUUAAGCCGCAGCAGGGAUCGGAGCUGGAGCUUGGCGAAGGAGAAUGUUGACCAUCUAACGAUAAGCGAGAUAAAUCAACACGCGUUCAUCGUGCGCUACAAUCACCUUCCCAAACGCCUGCGACAAACACGCAUUACCGGCGGAACCUACUUGCAAAGACCGGGGUCAGCAGACGGAGAGAGAGAGAGAGAUAGAGAGAGAUAGAGCCGACCCGCCCGCUUGCAGUAUAUGUGAUGAAUUCGGACGAAUAUGAGCAGCUGCCGACGUCGAGCGUGCCGGCCAUCAUGACGGCCGGUGCGAUAGCGGGCGUGAUGGAGCACUGCGUCAUGUACCCGCUCGACUCGGUGAAGACGCGCAUGCAGUCGCUCACACACAUGCAGGCGCACGACACAAUCACGUCCACGCUGCGCGACAUGAUCCGGCACGAGGGCGUGAUGCGCCCGUUCCGCGGCGUGAUGGCGGUGGUGGCCGGGGCCGGCCCUGCCCACGCCCUCUACUUCGGUGCGUACGAGUGCUCGAAGGAGCUGAUCGCGACCGUCUCCGAUCGGGACCAUCUGAACUACAUGCUGUCGGCGACGGCGGCCACACUCGUGCACGACGCCGUCUCGAACCCGGCGGACGUGGUGAAGCAGCGGCUACAGAUGUACAACUCGCCGUACAGGUCGAUCAUGCACUGCGCCACCCAGGUGUACCGGACGGAGGGUUGGCGGGCGUUCUAUCGCUCCUACUCGACGCAGCUCGUGAUGAACAUACCGUACUCGGCGAUCCAGUUCCCCACGUACGAGUUCUUCCAGAAGCUGCUCAACAAAGACAAUAAGUACAACCCGCCCGUCCACAUGGUGGCGGGUGGGGUGGCCGGUGCGGCCGCCUCCGCCCUGACCACGCCGCUCGACGUGUGCAAGACGCUGCUGAACACGCAGGAGGACGGGGCGGGCAAGACGCGCGGGCUUGGGGAGGCGGCGAAGAAGAUCUACCGUACCGCGGGCGUGAUGGGCUUCUUCAAGGGUAUGCAGGCGCGCGUCCUCUACCAGAUGCCGGCGACCGCCAUCUGCUGGUCGACGUACGAGUUCUUCAAGUACAUACUGUCGCGCGUCAAGAAACCGGUCGGCGGUGGAUCGACAGGAGCGGCGGCGGCGGCGGCGGUGGUGGUGGGUGGAGGCAAUGGUGACCUGCGGUACAUGAUACCGGCGAGCGCUGCCGUCAGUGCGGAGGCGGCCUCACCGGCUGCCGGCUGCAGCGCCGUCAACAGUGCCAGCCUGCUGAUCCGAAGUCCGGAGCGUGAAAGCAGCGGUGCUGGGGGUAGUGGCAGUGUGGCCGGAGCGGACAGCAGCAAGGGAGGGAGCACGGCGGCCGGGUUGAUCCCGCGCGGUGGCCCCGAACUGCCUGCCAUGUCCGGUGCCGGCAUCUACGGUGCGAUGAGCUACAACACGAUGCACUCGAAUGAUACAAACCACCUAACCGACGUCCGAAGGACGAACUAGAGCGCCUGGCAAAACGACGGGGAGGAAGGAGGGGGAAGGGGGGAGGAGGUGUUGUGUGGAGCGAGUGAAUGACUCCCUUUUUUUCCAUACCUGCCUCCCCCACCCCGGGUUUAGAUGGGGCAAACCGACGACGACCCGGCACUCGAAGUGCGCGGAACAUGUACGGUGUGUUGAUAAGUUAAUAAUAUUGUUGGUUUAGCGUUUACUAGGUGAAGCAAGCAGAAAAAGAGAGAGGGAGAGAGAGAGUGAAAGAAAAAACCGAACACACACAUACACACACACAGCAAGUCACGACGAUCACGGCGGAAAUUCUAGGAGAAAGGCAAAAACGGCAACGUAUAGAUAGCGAGUUAAUAUCAGCAUCUGACGGUGGCAAAGGCAAAAGAGUGAGCUGUUUGUCCGUGCGUUUGUGUGCAUGUGUGUGUGUGUGUGAGAGAGAGAGAGAGAGAGAGAGAGAGGAAAUUCGCGUGAGUCCACGUGUGCGCGUUACAGGAGAGAUCGGCUUCGAAGAAGAAUCAUCUGUUCCCGGGCGCACGCGCGCGCACACAGUCAGUUUGCGUGUAUGUAACCGUGGGCGCACCUUACAAAGUACAGCGUUUUGUUAAGUUUACCUUAUCACCGGCGAAAUAGCAGUGUGUGUGUGUGAGAGAGAGAGAGUGAGAGAUAGAGAGCGCAGGAACGAUGGUUCAGGCAACAUGGGAAGAUCACAAGGAAGGAUCAGAACGAUCAGGGGGACCCUGUUCCAAGGCCGGCGGAUGGAAUUGGAUGGAAAACAGUGAACGAUACUGUUGGUGACCGUGAUGUGAUGUUGUGGAAAUGGAGAGAGAGAGAGAGAGAAUUACUACACACGCACAGAUCGGUCGCACGUCAUUGGCCACGUGAUAGGAUGUAGGAUGUAAAACAGUCGGACAAAGGGACAGGACGACCUGCUUGUCGAUUACAUUGCGCUGUCCCACUACCAUAUAUAUAGAAAGAGAGAGAAAGAGAGAGCGAGUUAUACAGAGAGAGAGAAGGGGAUAUAGAGCACACGAAGCGCAUGUCUCGAAGACAUCGUUUUAGUGUGCCGUUUUGUGUGCUACAGUCGGUCGGAGGGGGAAGGGGGAAACAGUUGGCAAAUUCCCGCUCCUGUAUUAAUCUUCGCAUCUUCGUUCCGCAUUUUUUCGCUCCAUUAUUUUUCGGAUUGAUUUCGGAAAAGGGAGGAAGCGGCGGGACGCUUUGCUGCUGGCCAAUACCAUCACAUCUCAUUGCCACCGCUUUGGUGAAAGUGAUCAUGGGAACGAUCGUGUACUGUUGGCAAACGGGGAGGGUAGAAGUGGCAUACAGCUUCACCACGAACGAGCGGAACUUCCACCCCUCCCCCCACCCCAAAUGCAGCUGAUGAUGAUGUCCCAUUGCAACAAAAAGGAGAUGUUGUUGGGGUUUGUGCGAGCCUUGUCCUCCGCGAGACGUCCGCGCAUGUGUUUAGUGGGCGUGUACGGCAGUUUCUUAUACUCAUUAUCAGUUUGUAACCAUUUUACUACGAUGCCAUUUGUAAAUGUACAGAAUGUGAAAAUGUUUAUGUUUUUCUUCUCUUUAUUAGCUUUCAUUUUCGGUUGUUGUUUUUUUUUGCUCAAGAUCGCGCGCGAGAACUGCGGAAAGAACGGAAGGAAGGCGUUUCGUGGGGGGCUGAAAUCAAUGAAAUCAAAUUAAUUGUAUUGCUUAACACACAAUACACUGUUCUUCAAAAGGGUCGUAGAUCGCACAAACGCUUGCGCGAUCGAGACCCCGCUGAUGAGCACACAUUUACACAUUCGACAAGUCAAUUACAUACAGCGGAACGUUACAGAACGAGCACAAGCUAGAUGCGAUCGUUUUUGGAGGGGGAACGUUGGGCUCGCCACCAACAACAUUUAGUUGACGAUGCUCCACACCUCAAUACGUGUUUCCUUUCUAAAAUGAACCACUUUAUUCUACGUUGUACGUUCCUUCUUUUUGAUUGGAUGUUGCUUUUCCUUAUGCUUAUGACAUAAAGCGCAACGCAUCGGGAAAGAGUUGGUAGCGCUGAAAGGCGAACGAUUUAGGCUGGGAAAUGGUAACACGAAAGGGCAUCACAAUGUGUACGUUUCUCCCGUAGCUGAUGGAUGGACAGACGACUCCCCUUUCCCCAAAGGUACAAAAAAAAAAGAAGAAAGGGCUGGAUAGAAUAAGAUGCUGUAAGCGCACUGUAAGUGAAACUUGGGCAGCCAGCGACAAACAACAGUCACAAAACGUAUGUACCGUAUAAAAAACACACACACACACAAACACAUACCCGUCUCGCCCAACAGGAGAUUCGAAAAACGGAAGAAGAAAAAGGAAUAAAACAGUACUAUUUCAACAACCUGUA